AAAAUCCCAAAUGAAAAAGGAAAAGACGUUCACAAGUUGGUGUAAUCAGCAAACGUACCCUAAUCACUCUCACACGCGGCCAUAUUGGCUCUCUUACGCCCGAGACAGCCACCACAAGCCUUAAAUCACUGCAUCGUGUUAGGGUUUUGGCAAUCGAAAUCAGAGGUACAAUUUUAGGGCAGGGAGGGUGAUGGAUGAUUAUCAGGAGAUGGAGAGGUUUGGGAUGGAGAAGGAUUUCGAGGACGCCCAGUGGAUCGGCGGCGAGUUCUAUUACCGCAAGCGCAAGGACAAGCCCGUCCAAACCAAAGACGAUGUCCUCUACGGCAUAUUUACUGGCGAUUCCGACGACGACGACAACGACGGCUCCAGAAAACGCAGGAAAGACCGAAGGGUCGACCUCACCAAGCCCGUCAGUUUUGUCUCCACAGGAAUCGUCAUGCCCAACCAGGAGGUCGACGACAAUUCAAAGCAGCAAAACGAUGAUAAGCGGCCUGGCCUCGGCGCCACAACUGGCCUUGGAUUUGGUGCCACUACGGGUUCCGGUUUAGGUUUUAAAAAUCGGAAUUCGGAUUCGUUGGGUGGCGAGGAGGAGGAGGUGGUGGACGAUGAGCAGAGUUUUUUGCCGACGGCUUUUGGGAAGAAGAUAAAGGAGGGAGCGGAGAAGAGACACAAGGAGAGGGAAAAGAUGAAAUUGCUCAAGCUUACUAGUAGUCAGUCUCAGAGUCGAGGAGGUUCUGAAGAACGUCAAUUUGCAGGACUAGGAGCAAAGGGCGGUGGGGAUGGGGGUCUGGGGGCCUUCGAGAAACACACCAAGGGCAUUGGAAUGAAGAUGCUUAAGAACAUGGGCUACAAAGGAGGCGGACUUGGGAAGAACGAGCAAGGCAUUCUCGCUCCUAUUGAAGCCAAGCUGAGGCCAAAGAAUAUGGGCAUGGGUUUCAAUGAUUACAAGGAGACGGAAGUCAAGCGGCCUAGCUUGCAAGAAUUGGAAGCUGAAAAGCCGAGCAAGCCUUUGCCCGCUGCCACCUCCACCAAAAAGAAGCCUUCCUGGAAGAAGAACAAGACUAACAAGGACCAUUAUGUCUCUGCCAAGGAGUUGUUAGCCCAGAAGCAGGAAGAAGGCAUAGAGGUCCUUGUGCACAAGGUGGUUGAUAUGCGCGGACCUCAGGUUCGAGUCUUGACCAAUCUGGAGAAUUUGAAUGCCGAAGAGAAAGCAAGGGAAGAGGAUGUUCCCAUGCCUGAGCUACAGCACAACGUCAGGUUAAUUCUGGACUUAGCUGAGCUUGAUAUCCAGAAGAUUGACAGGGACCUGAGGAAUGAGCGGGACACGGCCAUCAGCUUGAACCAGGAGAAAGAGAGGUUGGAGACGGAGGUGGCCAGGCAGAAGCAACACCUGGAUAACUUGGAGGAUAUUAGGACCGUCUUAGAUCGACUGGGAGAAGAGAAUAGCAUGGGAACAUUGACGCUGGACUCCCUGACAAAGGGCUUUCGUGAGCUGCAGAAGAGAUACGCUGAUGACUAUAAGUUAUGUAACUUGUCUUGCAUUGCCUGCUCCUUUGCUCUGCCUCUGUUUAUUAGGAUGUUUCAAGGCUGGGAUCCUCUUAGGAACCCCUCGCAUGGAUUGGAUGUUGUAUCUUCUUGGAAGGCUUUGCUUCAUGGAGAGGGGGGGAGCGAGCAGUACCUGGAUAUUUGGGAUAGCUCAAUGUCCCCGUACACCAAAUUGCUUUCCGAGGUGGUGGUACCCGCCGUGAGGAUUGCUGGCGUCAAUACAUGGCAGCCCAAGGACCCUGAACCCAUGCUUCGCUUUCUGGAGUCUUGGGAGAACUUGCUGCCUUUUUCUGUCCUUCAUUCCAUACUGGAUAUGGUAAUCUUUCCUAAAUUGAAGGACGCAGUUGACUUGUGGGAACCUCACCGGGACACUGUUCCCAUCCAUGUGUGGGUGCAUCCAUGGCUACCACUCUUGGGACACAAGUUGGAAGACUUGUAUCACACAAUACGAUUCAAGUUGAGUAAUGUUCUGGGUGCUUGGCACCCAAGCGAUGGAUCUGCCUAUACCAUACUCUCACCGUGGAAGAAGGUGUUUGAUGCCGCGAGUUGGGAACAGCUUAUGUAUAGAUUUAUAGUACCCAAGUUGCAGCUUGUCUUACAAGAAUUCCAAGUGAACCCUGCAGAUCAGACACUUGAUCAAUUUAAUUGGGUGAUGAGUUGGGUUUCUGCUAUUCCAAUUCAUCUAAUGGUAGAUAUGAUGGAGAAAUUUUUCUUCACCAAGUGGCUACAGGUUUUGUAUCACUGGUUAUGUUCGAACCCGAACUUUGAAGAGGUUUUAAAUUGGUACAAAGGUUGGAAGGAACUCAUUCCUGAGGAGCUUCAUGCAAAUGAAAGUAUCCGGUAUCAGCUUAAUUGUGGUCUUGACAUGAUGAAUCGGGCUGUUGAGGGUAUGGAGGUGGUCCAACCUGGUUUGAAGGAGAAUAUUAGCUACCUUAGGGUGCUUGAGCAAAGGCAAUUUGAGGCACAGCAGAAAGCAGCAGCAGCAGCACAUGCAAACUUGGGUGGCACUGCUCAAAUGGAUGGCAAUGGUCACGAGAUGAGUUUGAAAGAUGUUAUUGAAGCCCAUGCGCAGCAACAUGGUCUGCUAUUUAGGCCUAAGCCUGGGAGGAUGCAUAAUGGUCACCAGAUGUAUGGCUUUGGUAAUGUAAGCAUAAUAGUUGACUCCGUAAAUCAAAAGGUAUAUGCCCAAACAGAGGAAACUUGGUCCCUUGUAUCCCUCGAAAGGUUGCUGGACAUGCACAAUAAUUUACUUACAAGGAGACGCUGAGUUUUAAAAAGGUCUUUGAAGAGUUGGAGGUGUGUGUGGUGACUCUGGACUGAGAAUGGAGCUGAUGCAUUAGGUUAUAAUGCAGCAUGCCUAACUCUUGGAUCGAGAACUCAAAAAUUAACUUGUUAUACUUUUUUCAGCUUGUCUUUGGAAGCUGGAAGGUCUGCUGUAAGGAAUGGUAUUUGCAAAAUCUAACUUUUUCAUUCAUUAUUUUAGUUUUGCAGUUGGAUUCACUCUAGUUACUAGGUUGUAUAAAUACAUCUUGCUAUUAUAGUACCAACAAUUUUGAUUA